AAACUAGCCGUUGGGAAACUAGCUGUUGGAAUAGGUUGCACCAGCAUAUAAAAGGCUGAAGGUUGAGAGCAGCAAGCAACACCCCCUUCAGCAAUGUCUACAUCCCAGCUCCAAAACUCAGAUAGUUCUAGUAGCGAGUGUGACCUUGAGAAGCUUAUGUGGGAGUUUACAAAUGACCCACUCGAAGCUGAGAUUGAAGCUGAGCUUGAAGCGGAAAAUGAAGCUGAAAUUGAAGCUGAGGCUGAAAUGGAUCUGUUUGGAAAUUCCCAUCAGUUCCAUCGUAGGUAUAUAGACCGGAAUAGAGAAGAUGCAAACAGGAGACUAGAAGCUGACUACUUCUGCAACAACCCAGUAUACACUGACACUCAGUUCCGGCGAAGGUACAGGAUGAGAAGGCAUCUGUUCGAGCAUAUUGUAUACACCCUUGGUGAGUGGUCUCCAUAUUUUCGCCAAAGGAAAGAUGCCUUUGGCAAGCUUGGUUUUUCACCUCUACUUAAGUGCACUGCAGCUAUGAGAAUGUUAGUCUAUGGUAGCCCUGCUGAUCUACUAGAUGAAGGUCUACGGAUUGUUGAAACCACCACCAUAGAGUGUUUGACCGAAUUUGUAAGAGGUAUUAGAGAGAACUUUGGUAAAGAAUAUCUAAGAAGGCCCAAUGAAGAAGACACUAGAAGAUUACUCCGCGUUGGUGCAGUGCGUGGCUUUCCUGGAAUGCUAGGCAGUCUUGAUUGUAUGCAUUGGCAUUGGGAAAAUUGUCCAGUUGCUUGGAAAGGCCAAUACACUAGGGGUGAUUAUAAAGUACCGACAAUUAUGCUUGAAGCUGUUGCCUCACAUGACUUAUGGAUAUGGCAUGCAUUUUUUGGAGUUCCUGGUUCAAAUAAUGACCUUAAUGUCUUGAACCAGUCGCCAUUAUUCACAACCACAUUACAAGGAAGUGCUCCAAAGGUCCUGUUUACAGUGAAUGGCAACCAGUACAAUAUGGGAUACUAUUUAGCUAACGGCAUUUAUCCUGAAUGGGCAUCUUUUGUCAAGACAAUAUCAUUGCCUUAUAGUGAGAAACACAAAUUAUUUGCAAAAAAGCAAGAAGCAGCAAGAAAAGAUGUUGAAAGGGCAUUCGGGGUUCUACAAGCUCGUUUUGCAAUAUUGCGAGGCCCUGUACGCUUUUGGAAACAGGAAACACUUGCAGACAUUAUGUAUGCAUGUAUUAUACUUCACAACAUGAUAGUAGAAGAUGAAAGGGAUUCCUAUGUGGUUCGGUUCAAUGACACUGAGGAGUAUAACGUACGUGAUGAAGAUGAGCACUACGAACAGGGGAGGUCUCAGCCUUUAGCGGGGUUCAAUCAUGGGCCAAUUCAUGAAUUCUCCAGGGUACUGCAAGCAAAUGAUGCCAUUCAUGAUAGGGAAAAGCAUCAUCAACUCAAGGCUGACUUGGUGGAGCACAUAUGGCAAGGAUUUCGUGGUGAAUGAGCCUAUUUUAGUUUUUACUGCUAAAUUAAUAGUAUGCCCAAUGUUUAGCAUUUGGAACACUUUUAGUUGUAACCUUACU